UACAAUUGGACUGAUUUAUUAUUGUGAUAAUAAAUGACGCGAGGGUGAGGUUGAGACACUGGUCUGAAUCAGUUGUAAUUUGUAAUGUUUACUGAUGUUUACUAGUUUAAUGAAGUUUACUAGACUACUUACCAAAUGUGUAUCAACUAAAAACGUGGAUUUACGUGGAUUCAACAUAUUGCAUCUACAGUGACCUACAGUUGCAUCUGCAUAGCAAGUGUCAAAACCUCAAAAACAUGUCAGACAUGAAGCAAAAAAUUAUACAAAAAUUUAAUGUAGAAUUGGGUUCUGAUUUAAAAGGACUUGAAAAAAUAUAUGAAUUUCAUCAGCGUUUGAAUCUUCAAAAGAAUGAAAUUGAAAAAUCGUUAUCAAUGGCAUCAUCUGAAGCUCCUUCAAAAGUGAAAGUAGUUAUACAAAGUGUUGAAAGAAUAAGUAUUGAAUUUGAACAAUUAGGAAAAUGCUCAGAAAAAUUCAGGAGUAGUAUACAAGAAAUAACGAGUGAAAAAGGUAGCAAUUUAGAUAUACAAGAAAUUAUUAACACGAUAAGUUACUUGGAUAAAUCCUUGGCUUACUUGCAUUUUAUAAAAUAUGUAGAAAAUAUUAGCGAUGAAAUACAAGCAUCAUUAGCAGCUAAUGAUGAUGAGUCCACCAUUUCAUUAUAUACAAAUCUUACAGAUAUUAGUUGUCAAUUACAAUUGUCCACUUGUCAUUAUCUUGUAAAUUAUGUGAGAGACACACUUCAUUUUUGGCACAAUCUCAUCAAGGAUAAAUUAUCAAAAGAAUAUAAUGAUAUACUAAAGGCAUUAAAGUGGCCCUUUUGUGGGAAUAAUUCAAAUGCAAUAAAUACAUAUACACCAGAAACAUUAACUAAAUUUAAAAUACUUACAGAAUAUCUAUUACAUUUACAAUUACCGGCAGAUUCUACUAAGCCAGUGGUAACCUCAGUACUAUUAACAGACUUUACACCUGUGAGUUUGCCAAUUUCAUUGAUGGUACGGCCACUUAGACAAAGAUUUAUAUAUCACUUCAAAGGUUCCAAAUUAACAAACCGGCAAGAUAAACCAGAAUGGUUUUUCACUCAAAUAUUAACAUGGAUCAAAGAUCAUGUCCAAUGGGUACAAAAGAAUGUUCAACCUGUUGCAAAUUCAAUUGGUUUUAAUCAUAUGGAUAUGAAGGUAGAAUUUAUGCAGGCCUUAGUACAGUUAGCAGUUGAAAAACUUCAUUCAGAGUUGUCAGUAGUACAGUAUGAUGAUGCUUUAUUUGCUCAUUUGGUGGACGAAGCUUUAGGUUUUGAGAGAGAAUUAAGAGAUACAUUACUUUAUCCUCCAACCCAGCCAGCCACUGUUUUUGUUCUUACACAAGCCCACAUUUUUGUAAAAUGGAUUAAUACUGAAAAAAAAUAUGCUACUGAAAAAAUGGAUGCGAUUUUGAGUUCAAGUACUGCUUGGAAAAGGAUAUUGAACUCUGAUGCUGAUGAUAUGAAGGUAACUGAAUGCGCGGACGCUUUCUUGUCUCUUCUUACAACAAUCUCUGAUAGAUAUAAACAUUUACCUCAACCAGGUCACAGAUUACAAUUUUUGGAGCUACAACUAGAACAAAUCGAUGACUGGAGAAUAAGAUUACUUCAAUUACUACACGAAACUCAUGAAGAUCCUUUAACAUCUCUCAUGCCAUGUAUCCUUAAUACAUUGCAUUAUGUUGCAACUGUCUUGGAAGAAUGGGGUGUGACAGUACAUUUUUUGCAAUUGUACUUUUUUAAAAAACAAUUUGAAGCAGUUGAAUCUGCUACGUUAGAAGGAAGUGAUAUGACUGAAAGUGUAGGUGAAGUAGAGGGCUCUGUGUUUGAUGAUGCAGUUGCACUUUUAAGAAGAUUAGAAAAAGAAUUAAUAAAUGAAAUUAGCGAUUCUGUAGCUUUAGACGUAAAGGCAAGGAGUAGACCUUAUAGGACAGAUAAAUGGUUCGCAAUGCAAUCUGUUAAAGAAGUAGUUUCUUUGUCGGUUACUUCCAGUGGAUAUUCUAUGUUUCAAGAAUUAGCAACAAAGCUCAAUUUACUGUACGACGCACUUGCCUUACCACUAUUUAAUCAGGCUUGGAAAAGUUUAGCUUCCCAGUUUGAUCAAUUUCUUCUAGAAGAAGUUGUUCUAGUGAAUCAUUUUAAUACAGGUGGAGCCGAGCAACUAGAAUAUGAUAUUUUCAGAAAUUUAUUUCCAUUAUUCGGCUUGUACAUUAACAAACCAGAAUCAUAUUUUCCUCUGAUUAAAGAAGCAUGUAUUUUAUUAAAUAUUUUGUUAGGUUCGGCAAUGUUAUUAAUUGAAGCUCUGAACAAUGAUGACGAGACUGCAGGAAAAGAAAUAUUAGCGGACAUCGGUAUUCAUAAAAUGUCUCCAGAACUUGCUUUGAAAGUACUUGGAACGAGAACAGAUAUCACCUAUGUAUAAAAAAGAAUGUUUCGUGUACAUUAUAAAAAUUUAAUAUAUUUUUAAAGAUUAA